AUGUGUCUUCCGNCAGUUGGACCAAUUGUCUGUUCUGCGCUUGACAAGUUAAGGGAUAAGAUUCCUGGACUUCCAAUAUGGUUCACAGAACUUGAUGUGUCUUCUGACAAUGAGUAUGUUAGAGCUGAUGAUUUGGAAGUCAUGCUUUGGGAAGCUUUUGCUCACCCUACAGUAGAUGGUGUAAUGUUAUGGGGAUUCUGGGAGCUGUCAAUGAGUCGAGAUAAUGCACAUUUAGUGAAUGCUGAAGGGGAUAUUAAUGAAGCAGGUAAUAGAUACCUUGCUCUUAAGCAGGAGUGGUUGUCUCAUGCUCAUGGCCAUACAGACGAACAAGGUCAAUUUGAGUUUAGAGGAUUUCAUGGAUUGUAUGAAGUUGAAGUUUUUACUCCUUCAAAAAAAGUGACUAAGACAUUCGUUGUCGAUAAAGGUGACAAGCCACUCGGAGCACCUGUCGGAGGAAUAGGCAUACAGGGGCAUAGGAACAGUCCAGUUGGACCAAUUGGCUGUUCUGCACUUGACAAGUUAAGGGAUAAGAUUCCUGGACUUCCAAUAUGGUUCACAGAACUUGAUGUGUCUUCCGACAAUGAGUAUGUUAGAGCUGAUGAUUUGGAAGUCAUGCUUCGGGAAGCUUUUGCUCACCCUGCAGUAGAUGGUGUAAUGUUAUGGGGAUUCUGGGAGCUGUCAAUGAGUCGAGAUAAUGCGCAUUUAGUGAAUGCUGAAGGGGAUAUUAAUGAAGCGGGUAAUAGAUACCUUGCUCUUAAGCAGGAGUGGUUGUCUCAUGCUCAAGGCCAUAGAGACGAACAAGGUCAAUUUGAGUUUAGAGGAUUUCAUGGAUUGUAUGAAGUUGAAGUUGUUAUUCCUUCAAAAAAAGUGACGAAGACAUUCGUUGUCGAUAAAGGUGACACGCCACUUGUAAUAUCCAUAAAUUUAUAA